AUGCCAGGAUACUUGAUCAAGAACGGACGGGUCCUGACCUGGAGCAAAGACAGGAAGUCGUCAUUUCCUCAAGUGGACGUUCUGGUGGAGGGACAACGCAUCUCGCAAAUCGGACCGAACCUAGACAUCAAAGAUCCAGGAAUCGAGAUCAUCGAUGCGGCGGGGUAUAUCGUGACUCCGGGGUUCAUCGAUGGGCAUCGACACGUCUUCCAAUCGCAGCUACGCUCCACCGUCAGCAACCAUACACUCCUCGAGUAUUGUGCCCACCUCCUUCAGGGACGGAUGGUCUUCCUAGACGCCGAUGACAUGUACCUCUCGCAGCUAUCGGGUCUUGCAGAAGCCAUCUCCUGCGGUGUCACGACGGUCAUGGACCACUCUCACGUGGUGACGACCCCAGAGCGGGCUGAGCGCUGCAUUCGAGCCACGGUCGAGUCCGGGAUUAGAAGCAUAUAUUGCGCUUCUCCUUUCGCUAUCCCCACGUCCCUCAACCCCAUGAAGCUGCCCGACAUGAAUAUUCGGCACAAGGAGCAAAUCGACCUGUUCAAAUCGCUCCUGAAACAAAAGCCUCUAGGCGGGCAAGCGAAUGACGGACGUCUCACACUCGGCCUAGGCUUCGACACCAUGCACUGGAUCCCUGAGCAUGAGGCCCGUGAGAUUCUGAACUUUGUCAAGGAGAACAACGUCCAGGUGACAAUGCAUGACGUGCCACGGUACAAUCUUCCCAGUCUGGCCUUUCUGCGUGCCAAGUCCAUGCCCCUGCCCGCGCAGAUCACCUUCUCUCACACGUGCGAACCCACCGCAAAGGACAUUCAAUUCGUGAAGGACAAUCAGAUUGGUAUCGUCGCCACGCCGGAGUCCGAGAUGGCAAUGUCCCAUGGCAUUCCCUCGGCGUUCGACUUCUACAGGACGCCGGGCUGCCGGGUCGGACUGGGUGUCGACUCUCCCGCCAUCUCGUCUGGCGAUCUCUUUUUCCAGAUGCGUCUUGUGUUGCAACAGCAGAGAAUGCGUCAGAACGCGACCUACCACGCACGGGGGAAGCUGCCGGACCUUGUACCUGCCUCGACGGAUGAAGUGCUCUACAUGGCGACUCUCGGCGGCGCAGCCGCAAUCCACAUGGAAGAUGAGGUGGGCAGUCUCGAGGUCGGCAAAUUCGCGGAUAUCGUCCUCAUCAAGACGGAUUCGCCGUCCAUGGUUGGGGCGGUCGAUCUAGGCGCGGCGUUGGUGACGCAUGCGGCUGCCUCGGACGUGGAUACUGUACUGAUCAACGGCGAGAUUGUCAAACGCAGUGCAAAACUGCUGAAAGUGAAUUGGGACGAGUUGAAGGGGAAACUACAAAGCAAUAGGGCGGUGUUGGAGAGGAGGUUUGAGAAGGUGGAUUGGGAGUGGAACAAGAAUGAUUUGAAGGAUUUAUGGUAUCUGAGGGACGUGUUGGAGUGA